GGGCUUACUAGGCCAAACCCGAUAUCAAAAUGGUGUCACAAAAAAUACACUUAUUAGCGACGAUUAUGUUCAUAUCUAAGGCUUACAGUCAAGUUGCGACCGGUGGGGGAAGCCCACAGCGAUGCGGCUCAGCGGCGCCUUGCAUCGUCCCCGGGGGCCAGUUCAUCGUGCCCGCCAUCAUCAAACCGCUCCUGCCCUGGUGCCAAGCCGCCGCGCCCGCGCCCUGCGCGCCUAAGAAGCUAACGCCGGCUGCCCCUAGCGCGCCCGUGUCCUGUGCCGACGAAGACGAUGACAGUGAACUGGACAAACUCCUAUACCUCCUCAUCAGUAACAUAAUCGAGAGCAAAAAAGGCUCAGGGAAAAAGCAGUGCAACCCCAUUACCACGUUUGACAGCAGCGCAUGCCCGAGCGACGGGUACGACGCCUGCGCAUGUAGCUACGCCGAUGACUACGACUACUGCUCAUAUUCCCCCUCCCUGGUCUACAGCUCGGGCAGCAACAGCGGAGGGAGCGAUGGAUCUUGUCCCGAGAUAUGUGUGAUUGUCAGACCGGUUCAAUCAACCAACGCUGACUGUUAAAUAACUUUAAAGU